GCGCUGCCCGGCUCCGGCGGGCCGCUCCAUCCCAGUCCCAGGCUGGGCAUCGGGGCUGGCUGUCAUCGCCGGGGAGCCGACGGCAACGGGGACCCCGCGGGCGGGGAGGGCGGCGCAGGGCAGCGGGCGCGGUGACACCUGUGGGCACAGCCUUAGGGGACCUCUUUCUCCUGGACGUUGAAGAUAUGGCCCUUUGGAGGUGACCCAGGAGAGAAGGGAUGAAGGCCUUUGGUCCUCCACAUGAGGGCCCCCUCCAAGGACUCGUGGCUUCCCGCAUUGAGACUUAUGGGGGCCGGCAUCGAGCCUCUGCUCAGAGCACUGCUGGCAGUCUCUAUCCCCGAGGACACCCUGUGCUGGAUCCCAGUCGCCGACGCCUCCAGCAGUAUGUCCCCUUUGCCAGGGGUUCUGGCCAGGCCCGAGGCCUGUCACCCAUGAGACUGCGAGAUCCAGAGCCCGAGAAGAGGCACGGGGGCCAUGUGGGGGCUGGCCUGCUUCACUCCCCCAAACUCAAGGAAGUCGCCAAGGCCCAUGAGCUGGAGGUGAGGCUGCACACUUUCAGCAUGUUUGGGAUGCCCCGGCUGCCCCCUGAGGACCGGCGGCACUGGGAGAUAGGAGAGGGUGGCGACAGCGGCCUGACCAUCGAGAAGUCCUGGAGGGAGCUGGUGCCUGGGCACAAGGAGAUGAGCCGGGAGCUCUGCCACCAACAGGAGGCCCUGUGGGAGCUCCUGGCCACCGAGCUGACCUACGUGAGAAAGCUCAAGACCAUGACUGACCUGCUAGCCGCCGGCCUGCUGAACCUGCAGCGAGUGGGACUGCUGAUGGAAGUGAGUGGGUGCUCAGGAGGGGACCCUGGCACAGCCCGACCUCUGAGCCUGCGGAUGAGGGUGUCAGCUGAGACCCUGUUUGGAAAUGUCCCCAGCCUGAUUCGAACCCACCGGAGCUUUUGGGAGGAGGUGCUGGGGCCCACCCUGGAGGAGACUCGGGCCUCGGGCCAGCCCCUGGACCCCGUUGGUCUGCAAAGUGGCUUCCUGAUGUUUGGCCAGCGGUUCCACCCCUAUGUCCAGUACUGCCUCCGAGUGAAGCAGACCAUGGCUUACGCCCGAGAGCAGCAAGAAACUAACCCUCUCUUCCAUGCCUUCGUGCAGUGGUGUGAGAAGCACAAGCGCUCUGGGAGGCAGACGCUCUGUGACUUGCUCAUCAAGCCCCACCAGCGCAUCACCAAGUACCCACUGCUGCUCCAUGCUGUGCUCAAGAGGAGCCCCGAGGCACGAGCCCAAGAGGCCCUGAAUGCCAUGAUCGAAGCCGUGGAGUCAUUCCUGCGACACAUCAAUGGGCAGGUCCGCCAGGGCGAAGAGCAAGAGAGCUUGGUGGCUGCAGCACAACGCAUCGGGCCCUACGAGGUGCUGGAGCCACCCAGUGAUGAAGUGGAGAAGAACCUGCGUCCGUUCUCCACCCUGGACCUGACGUCCCCCAUGCUGGGGGUUGCGUCUGAGCACACCAGACAGCUGCUGCUGGAGGGACCCGUGCGAGUGAAGGAGGGGCGAGAAGGGAAGCUGGACGUGUACCUGUUCCUCUUCUCUGAUGUGCUCCUCGUGACCAAGCCCCAGCGCAAGGCGGACAAAGCUAAGGUCAUCCGCCCCCCUCUCAUGCUGGAGAAGCUCGUGUGCCAACCCCUGCGAGACCCUAACAGCUUCCUGCUGAUCCACCUCACUGAAUUCCAGUGCGUCUCCAGCGCCCUCCUUGUGCACUGUCCCAGUCCUACAGACCGUGCCCGGUGGCUGGAGAAGACCCAGCAGGCCCAGGCCACUCUACAGAAGCUGAAGGCAGAGGAGUAUGUUCAACAGAAGAGGGAGCUCCUGGCCCUCUAUCGGGACCAGGACAGGGAGUCCCCCAGCACCAGGCCCUCCACGCCUUCCCUGGAGGGCUCUCAGAGCAGCGCAGAGGGGAGGACUCCUGAGUUCUCGGCCGUUAUCCCCCACCUGGUGGUGACAGAAGACACAGAUGAAGAUGCUCCCUUUGUGCCAGAUGAUACCUCAGACUCUGGCUACGGCACUUUGAUCCCAGGCACCCCCACAAGCUCCCGCUCCCCGCUGAGCCGUCUACGCCAAAGAGCCCUUCGGCGGGACCCUCGCCUCACCUUCUCCACCCUGGACCUCCGGGACGUCCCUCUGCGUCCCCACCCUCCCAACCCCCAAGCUCCUCAACGCCGAAGUGCCCCCGAACUGCCAGAAGGAAUCCUAAAAGGAGGCGGUCUUCCCCGGGGAGACCCACCAACCUGGUCUGAGGAAGAAGAUGGCGCCUCCGAGCGAGGGAAUGUGGUGGUGGAAACACUGCACAGGGCCCGGCUUCGGGGCCAGCUUCCCUCCUCCCCAGCCCAUGCUGACUCGGCCGGGGAAAGCCCCUGGGAGUCCUCGGGGGAGGAGGAAGACGAGGGGCCUGUGUUCCUGAAAGCUGGCCACACAUCACUGCGCCCAAUGCGGGCUGAGGACAUGCUCAGAGAGAUCCGGGAGGAGCUGGCCAGCCAAAGGAUCGAGGGGGCCGAGGAGCCCCGGGACAGCAGGCCACGGAAGCUGACUCGGGCCCAGCUACAGAGGAUGCGGGGGCCCCACAUCAUUCAGCUGGACACCCCUCUGUCCACAUCAGAGGUGUGAGGAAUGCAGAGGACCUUUGGCAUGCAUCCCUUCCAGAGGAGAUCUCUCCCCAGUAGUGCUGGUCACCCUCCGGCAUCCGUGACUCUACCUCAAGGACCACAUUUCCCAAAGGAAGCCUGGCCCAGGCACCCUGCCUCCUUCUCUGAGGACUUUGGGGAUCAAGAACUGUAAAUUUAUGUAUCAUAGGUGCACCUGAGCCCCACAGAAAGUUGUGCAUAAAAAUGAUUGCCCUGGCUGCGCAUGCCUGCCUGUAAUCCCAGCACUUCGGGAGGCUGAGGUGGGAGGAUCCCUUGAGCCCAGGAGUUCCAGACCAGCCUGGACAAUAUAGGGAAACCCUGUCUUUACAAAACAAUUUUUUAAAAA